UAGUACAGCAGCAGUACGCAGGUAUCCUGCAGGGAAGCAAGAGGCAACUUAAACGGCACACAAGACUUCCCCGCACAUCAAAACCAAGAGAAGAAAUGCUACUAUCUUUGGGCUUGACAUAAAUAUCACCUCCGGGGAGCCAGUUCAAGAAUAAGAUGGCCCCAAAUUCCAUCCACUGGUUCCGGAAGGGUCUCCGUCUCCAUGACAACCCAGCACUACGGGAGGCGGUCCGGGGGGCGGGCACGGUGCGUUGUGUUUACUUCCUGGACCCGUGGUUCGCGGGCUCCUCCAACGUCGGUGUCAACAGGUGGAGGUUUCUCCUCCAGUGUUUGGAGGAUCUAGACGCCAGCCUUCGGAAGCUCAACUCCCGCCUUUUUGUCAUCAGGGGCCAACCAGCCAACGUGUUCCCACGGCUCUUUAAGGAAUGGAAGAUCUCUCGACUGACCUUUGAAUAUGACUCAGAGCCUUUUGGGAAAGAGAGAGACGCUGCCAUCAAGAAGCUGGCCAUGGAGGCAGGCGUGGAGGUCAUUGUCAAGAUAUCACACACCCUCUACGACCUGGACAAGAUCAUAGAGCUGAAUGGCGGGCAGCCUCCUCUUACCUACAAACGUUUUCAGACCCUGAUCAGUCGACUGGAUCCUCCUGAGAUGCCCGUGGAGACGCUGUCGGACAGUCUGAUGGGUCGCUGCGUCACCCCCAUCUGUGAAGACCACGGAGACAAGUACGGGGUCCCGUCCUUGGAAGAGCUUGGCUUUGACACCGAGGGCCUGCCUUCAGCUGUGUGGCCGGGAGGAGAGACUGAAGCUCUGACCAGGAUAGAGCGCCAUCUGGAGAGAAAAGCGUGGGUGGCUAAUUUCGAGCGUCCCAGGAUGAAUGCCAACUCCCUGCUGGCCAGCCCAACAGGCCUCAGCCCCUACCUGCGCUUCGGCUGCCUCUCAUGUCGCCUUUUCUACUUCAAGCUCACCGACCUCUACCGAAAGGUGAAAAAGAACAGCUCCCCUCCGCUUUCCCUGUAUGGCCAGUUACUGUGGCGUGAGUUCUUCUACACCGCAGCGACCAACAACCCACGCUUCGACAAGAUGGAGGGGAACCCCAUCUGCGUCCGCAUCCCCUGGGACAAAAAUCCCGAGGCACUCGCUAAGUGGGCCGAGGCCAAGACAGGCUUUCCCUGGAUAGACGCCAUCAUGACGCAGCUGAGGCAGGAGGGCUGGAUCCAUCACCUAGCCCGGCACGCAGUGGCCUGCUUCCUCACCAGAGGGGACCUGUGGAUCAGCUGGGAGGAAGGGAUGAAGGUCUUUGAGGAGUUGCUUCUAGAUGCAGACUGGAGCGUGAAUGCAGGCAGCUGGAUGUGGCUGUCCUGCAGUUCAUUUUUCCAGCAGUUUUUCCACUGCUACUGCCCCGUGGGCUUCGGCCGACGCACCGACCCCAACGGGGACUUCAUCAGGCGAUACUUACCUGUCCUUCGAGGUUUUCCCGCUAAGUUCAUCUACGACCCGUGGAACGCCCCGGAGUCCGUGCAGGCGGCCGCCAAGUGCAUAAUCGGCGUCCAUUACCCGAAGCCCAUGGUGCACCACGCAGAAGCAAGCCGGCUCAACAUCGAGAGGAUGAAGCAGAUCUACCAGCAACUUAGCCGAUACAGGGGACUGGGCCUGUUGGCGUCAGUGCCGUCCACCAAUGGGAAUGGGAACGGGAACGGAGGAAUGAUGGCUUACUCUCCUGGAGAGCAGCAGCCAGGGACCAACAACAACAACAACUCACAUUUGCCUGGAGUGUCGGGGAGCUCCGUUGCAACAGGUAACGGCAGCGGGAGCAUCCUACUUAACUUUGACAGUGAAGAACAGUCGGGGCCUAGCGGUGUUCGGCAACAGCAACAACAAAUGCAACCGCUGCCACAACAACAGCAACAGCAUGGAUACCACUCAGUGCCAGACGCUAACCAGACCAUCACCAGCAGCCGACUCUACCACGAGUUUGCUGUGCCUCAACACCCAGGACUCCUCCUGCACAACAGAAGCAGCAUCACAGGAAAACGGGAGCGCGAGUCGGAACGCGAAGGUUCGGGGGAGGAAGACCCGGCGGCGUCCUGCUCCGCUCACAAGAUGCAGAGACUACCUAGAGCAGGCGGUGAUGAGGCUGUCUGAACCCACAUUAGUCACCACCCGGCCGGCAGAGAGAGGAAAUCCCGCCGUCAACCCCCUGUCCUCAAAAAAAAAAAAAACACACAGAUGCAGAUGCAGAUAUGACUGCAUCCUCCUCAAACACAGUGUAUCUAAAACUCGCUCUGUCUUUUCAGUCAGAAAUUCCCUGGGGUGUAAACACAAAGGUGAAAAUGUGAUUAUUUAUUUUUAUUUUGGGGGGGGGGUUUUCUUUUUUUUGAAGCUCUGAUACAAUUUCUAGAAGGGCUUUUUUUAACAUUAUAGAAAGAAUCCACUGACUUCUUUAUAGUUGCAGUACGGACAGGUGUGACAACCUCAGAGGAACGUGCGAACAAACACACAACGCCUCAAACUUAUAGCUCGACGAAUUAUUUAUAAUAAAAAUAAAAAUAAAAAACUACAUUUAUUGUCUUAAAACUGCUGCCACCAGCCAGUAUAUUGUAUGAAAACUGAAGCAGCUAUAUAUGUAAGUAAUGGAAUAUUUGUUUUUGUUUUU